GGAGGAGGACCUCCGGUCGCAGGCGGAGGGCGGUGUCGCGAGCCAGGAUGCAAACAGCCGGGGCGGCCCGGGAUUCCCGGGAAGGAGACCGGGCUGCGGCCCCGGACACUCACCGGCCCGGGGCGUUAUGUGCGUGCGUGCGUGCGUGCGUUACUUUUGCAAAGUUAGGCGGCGGCUUACCCACACCCCGCGGCUAGCGGCGGAGCUGCAACCGACGCCGUCCCGCACGGCUCAACUUGGCACGGGUGAGAUGCUGCGGGGACGCCGAGGGGAGCCCGAGUUACCCUCGCCCUCACCGGGGAAGGAGCGAAGCGGAGACGCGGGGGAUAGGAGACGCCAAAGGCUCGGUAGGGGCCUGGUGGAAAAAUACCGACUGCUCCACGGGGAUCCGAGGACGGCGAGCAUCCGCGGGGCAGCGCCGGGGAUUGGCCUCGGAAGAGGAAACUGCCCGAGAGUACUCUCCACAAAUAAGGACACAAAUCAAGAAACAGAAACACGAGCAUCUGAUGAAAAGAAGCUAAAGAGAGGACGGGGCCGAAACUCCCCUGGCCUAGCCCAGUGCCACCAAAGCCUGUGAAGCUGGACGCCAAGGGGGUCAAGUCUCAGCUCUCGCCUAUCAGAGGGACAUCACCCACGCACUCCACCGGCCACACCACUCGCAAGUGGCAUCUUCCUGAGGAUGCUGGGAUGUUCUGUGCGGCUCUGUGGUCCUUCCCUGUCCCGUUCAGGAAACUGCAGCCACGUCUCACAAUUCUGACUUCGUAUGAGAGGGAAUGUGAAAUGCACAGGGCGGGAUAAAGGUGGAGAUUAGCGUUCUACUCUAUUGUCCAACAAUAUAAGCUAACUAUAAAAGCGAAGACACCAUGCUAGAGUUAAGGCUGAUGUGCCACCUCUGUGGAUCCUAACAACUGUGACGCACCCUUGGCCCACAGGCUUAAUUCCGGCAAACACACACAGUAGGAAGGUAACUCUUAAUUCCGGCAAACACACACAGUAGGUAGGUAACUCUUAAUUCCGGCAAACACACACAGUAGGUAGGUAACUCUGGCACAACCGGGAUUUAUCUGGAGCUUAAAAAAUAGCAACAUACGGAUACUUUAACAUUCCAAUACUUAAGGAUUAUAAUGUACUUCUAUAAUAUGCCUUUAUAUUAUAUAGAACAAUAUACAUUUGAAGAGUGUUUUAGUCUUUGGUUAGUUCUCCAAAUGUACUUUAAAAAGUAAAGCAAACAUGCCUAGGAAAGAACUUAAAUACACUUAUUAAGUAGUUCAAUGUACCAAGCAUUCAAAAAUGCAUUUAUGAAAUAGGAAAGCCCUAACAUACACAAGAGUACCACCAAGCCCCCUUUCCUGGGUCUUGUGAAGAAGCUGCUGACUCUGGGCUCUCAUUCUCCAAGUUAGUAAAAGGGAUCUUUUCACAUAUGUACUAAAUUAAAAGUUUUAUUGUCCAAUGUGUAUACUUUGAAGUCACUAGGUUUCCUCAGGUACUUCAAGGGAAUCAACAGUCACUGACCGGACCCCAGCUCCCAGACUGGAGCGUCGUAACGACAGCUCCAAGGCAGAAAUCUGACGUAAUUCUUUGCGACACAGUUUGACAGGUUUGACACCCUGCAGCGGCCCCGCAGUCUUCCCAGGCUGAACGUGGGAUGGUGGUGGACUCUGAGAUAGUAUGAAGGGAUGGGUCUCUGGUUUAUCGGCGCUGCCCAACAGCUGGCCACUGGAGGGUGCCAAUGAGCCCCGGACUGGAAGUGCCUCCGGGCUGCCUUCCAGAGUCUGUGGGGGCAGCGCUGUGGUUUUUAAGCUGCUUGAAGAAUCGUCUGCUUCUCUUUCUCUUCCAUUCAGCUUUGCAUUUUCAGUUCCAGUCGCCCAUUUUGGUUCUCCACAAAGCCCUGCCGCCUCUCCUGGGUUGUUCAGGGCUCCAUCUCCAGCAUCACCGGCUAAGGAGAAUCCACAUAGAACAAAGCAAAGCAAAGUCUUCUCAGAGCCAGGUACUUUUGCUACAACAUCCUAACAAGCUACAGCAUUUAACCGAGCAUACACACUGCUUUCAGACUUUUGCUUAACGACUUCAGAUAGAUGUGUGACUACCAAUCUUUACUCACUUAUAAACAUCUGGAAAUGGGAAUAAUGGAUUUUUUUUUUUAACUCACUAAAGUUGAAAACCAUGUAGUGAUUUUUGUACUCUCUAGAAACCUGAGUACUUUGUGCGUCUCUGAAAUCUUUUUAAAGGAAGUUAUUACUUUUUUAAGUUUAAUGCAACGCAAUUCAGUAUUUUAUUUCGUGUGUGCGGGUGUUUGCCUGCAUGUGUGUCUCCAUACCUAAUGUGUAUGUGUGACGCCUGUGGAGAGCAGAUGUCACACCCUUUAGGACUAGAGUUAAAGUGACUGAGAGCCGCCAUGUGGGUGCUGGACCCACACCUGAGUUCUUUGAAAGAGCAGGCAGUGCUUUUCACUGCCAACUCAGUUAUUUAUUUUUAUGUUCGAGUGUUUUGCCUGCGUGUCUGUGUGGGCAUCACGGAGUCCCAGGCGAGCCACCUGACACGGGUGCUGGGAGCUGAGCUUUGGGUCCUCUGCGAGACCAGAGAGCCGUCUCUCCACCCUUGACAUCUCUCACGUCUGACCCCCGCUUGGCUUGGUACUGGGCAAUUCCAAGUCCUGGCCAAGGCAAGCUUGGUGAGCCCCUGUGUUGGGGCAUGCGUCAUCACAUGUAUGGAAAUCUGGUCUUGGUUGGUGCCCUAACAUGAUAACAAUAUUCUGUUAUCCAUCUGUAGUGUAUGAUAUGCACCGCAUCUCCCACUAUGGGAAUGGAGGUCAGGACAUACACCUUCAGUGAGCAUAGCCCCUUCAGUGGGCAUGGAGAGUUGAAAAGUCUUCAAUCGUAACACAUCUAAUAUUAAAAAAUUGUUUAUGGGAGAUCCACAUAGUUAGUAGUGAUAAUAAGUGACAUGUGCUGUCAAGUGCUUGGUGCACUUUUCUAUCUAGCUUCUCCCUCAACCUGGAGCUUGCUUUAGAGUGACCCACACUAUGGGAGGAGAGACCUGACUGCUGCAGGUUGUGUCUCUGCCCCCCCCCAUGCUCACACACAUGAAUGCACACACUAAGUAACAAUGGAAGCAUCCACGUGGGCUUGCCCAAGUCUUAGUGUGUCUCUCUCUCUCAUGUAUGAUUGCCUAGAGUAAGAGAGCUCGCUCUGUUCACCAGACUGCCUGGGGCAGGAGUGUUAAAGCUUACUGGUGACUAGAAUGCUCACACUUUAGGAGCAACUACUUAUUGUCAACUUUGUGUCUGUUCUAAUUCCAUGUGAAGAUCUGUGUCAGCGGCUACUUCAUAGUUUCUGGUUUGGAGAGAUUAAAAGGUAGACAACAAAUUCUGCAAUGUUUCCUUAGUACCAGAGAAGAUCAAAGCUUUGCAAAAUCAGUUGUUUUAAACUCUGAAUUACAAGAUAGGUUAUGGUUGUCUAAUAUCUCCUUUAGUCAUAGAAAUUAUUGUUAAAAAUCAGCCCAAGUGUUUCUUUUGUAAAUUUCCUAACUUUGAAAUCUGGGGUCAAGUUAUUUCAGAAAUAUUGACUGCCCUCCUAUUUUAAGGUCUUAUAAAAAAAAACCAAUAUGUUACCUUCCAGGAGCUUUUGCCUUCUGUAGACUACUUUGUCAUGUUAACUGUUGUGAAGAAUUUAAUUUUACAUAUGUAAAUUUAAUUAUUAUACAAGGAAAUAUCUUUGAAUCUGGUCAUGUUUUAAAUGUCUGGAGGAAACGCCUUGGGACUGCCCUUAGGAACACACGAUUUUAUUUUUACUUGUAUUAUUCUCCUUUGGAAAAUUCUUUACAAUCUUGCUAAAAAGAUUUAAUUUUUCUUUAGUAUGUGUUUGCAUGUACUUAAAUUGUUCACAAUUUUUAAAUGUUUCAGAGUCAAGUAUAUUCUGCACUGGUUAGUAAGAGAAUGUUAAGUCUGUAGCUGCAAUCAUGACUAGAACUUGAAGUGAAAUGAACAAUUUUGUAGCUUCUCUUCAUAUUGAUAAAUGCAGGGCAGAUUCAUGAGUCUGAGCUGAGGCUAACCCUCAAGAGUGUAUACUUGCUCGGUAUAUGUGAGGUGCAAUACUCCUAAUACAAGAGGGAAGACGUUUAAUUCAUUAAUUCACUGCACAAGGAAGAAUUAAGCCCAGCAUUUAUACUACCACAAGAUAUCAUUUGAAGCAACCUUUAUUUGUAGUUAAUAUAUUCUUUUGAAACAUUGAACAUAUUAUACUCUCUGAGCAUAUUAUACUUUCUUUUUCAAAUUUGAUUUCAUAUUUUCCAUAAUGAAUAAAACCUUGACCAUAAGAAAAAAAAUGAUCACCAGAUAUGGCGGUGGUGUACCUCUUCAAUCCCAGCACUUGGGAGGCAGAGGCAGGUGGAUCUCAGUGAGUUCAAGGCCAGCCUGGUCUACAGGUGAGUUCAAGGACAGCCUGGUCUACAGAGCCAGUUCUAGAACAGCCAAGACUACACUAGGCAGACGUCUGGGAAGGGAGCAAGUUAAGAUGGCAGGUGACACAAAGCCUUACGAUCUGCUAAUGACAGCUGCCAUGGCGAUGCUCCUCGGGCAGUCUCUUUCAGUUUCUUCUUAAGAUCUCUGCUGGUUUUCUUAUAGAAGUAAAGAUCUUUUUCCAGCUGCUGGAUUUUAUCUUCAUAUUUUUUUAAGGUUUCUAUAAUGCCUUCUCCAUCUUGCUCUACAAAGCAAGAAUUUACAUUUAACCUUAGCUUUAAGCAAAUGAUUCAAAAUUAUAGUUUAACAUAGCUCCAGACUCACUUUAAAGGGUCACAAGUAUGUUACACAUAUCUGUUACCUGAAGGGGUUUGUUCAGCCACAAUAUAGAUUCUUUUGGCUAUAAAACUUUUCCCAAAGGAUCAACCCCUUCAUUUCCUUUUCUACCUACUCUUGACCAGCCACUUCCUGCUCACAACUCAGCAUCUGUGCCAUUGCUCCUGAGAAGGCUCAUCAAGAAAAUAGAAAUGGGCGUCUCCUCUUACAAACAACUCUACCAGCCAUGUGUGAUACAUUACUUCAAGCUUGCAUUAGGGUCUGUGGAUAUAUGGAACGUUAUAUGCCAGGGUUUAUAGGCCCAAGAAACUAGGAAGAGUAAAUAACGAGGAAAAACUCUAUGCAAUGGGGGUGGGGAGCUUUGGUGGUUGUUCCAGGUAACUUAAGACUUGUAAUUAUUAUUUGUGAAUGUGUACCAUUGUUCUAUAACGGUAAAGUCCAGCUUUCUGAGCUUCAGAAAACACAUUCAGACCAUGCCCUCCUUUGUACAGCACAUAUAAACAAUAGCUCUAUUGGUUUUCAA